CCCAUGUGCCCGCCCAGUGACGUCACCGUGCCCGCGGCCUCCAUCUUGAAGCCGCGGCCUCUGAGUCCGGUCCCCCCGCCCCGGGCAGCGGCCUUCCCGGUAUCCGUCUCCAUCAGGAGCCCGGGAGUAGCAGCGGCCAGGGGCAGCAUGGCGGGAGCUGGUGGAGGAAAUGAUAUUCAGUGGUGUUUUUCUCAGGUGAAGGGAGCAGUGGAAGACGAUGUUUCAGAAGCUGAUAUAAUUUCUACAGUAGAAUUUAAUCAUUCUGGAGAGUUACUAGCGACAGGAGAUAAAGGAGGGCGAGUAGUCAUCUUUCAACAAGAGAGUAAGAGCCCUUAUCACAGAGGAGAGUAUAGUGUGUAUAGCACCUUCCAGAGCCACGAACCUGAGUUUGACUACUUGAAGAGCUUAGAAAUUGAAGAGAAGAUCAACAAGAUCCGAUGGCUACCACAAAAAAAUGCAGCUCAGUUCCUGUUGUCUACUAAUGAUAAAACUAUAAAGUUGUGGAAAAUCAGUGAACGUGAUAAGAGGCCAGAGGGUUACAACCUGAAAGAAGAAAAUGGAAGAUACAGGGAUCCAACCACUGUGACUACACUCAGGGUGCCGGUUUUCCGACCCAUGGACCUAAUGGUUGAAGCAAGCCCUCGUAGGAUAUUUGCCAAUGCUCACACGUAUCACAUAAACUCCAUCUCUGUCAACAGUGACUAUGAGACCUACCUAUCGGCAGAUGACUUGCGAGUCAACUUGUGGCACUUAGAGAUUACAGAUAGGAGCUUUAACAUUGUAGAUAUUAAGCCUGCCAACAUGGAAGAGCUGACAGAGGUUAUCACAGCUGCAGAGUUUCACCCCCAUCACUGCAAUACAUUUGUAUACAGCAGCAGCAAAGGCACUAUCCGAUUGUGUGACAUGCGGGAGUCAGCACUUUGUGAUCGUCACUCAAAAUUGUUUGAGGAGCCAGAGGAUCCCAGCAACAGGUCGUUUUUCUCAGAGAUCAUCUCUUCCAUAUCAGAUGUGAAGUUCAGUCACAAUGGCCGAUAUAUGAUGACAAGGGACUACCUGUCAGUCAAGAUUUGGGACCUAAACAUGGAAAAUCGGCCUGUAGAAACAUAUCAGGUUCACGAAUACCUCAGGAGUAAGCUCUGCUCCUUAUAUGAAAAUGAUUGCAUCUUUGACAAAUUUGAGUGCUGUUGGAAUGGACCUGACAAUGUGGUUAUGACUGGAUCAUACAAUAACUUCUUUCGGAUGUUCGACCGCAACACUAAGCGCGAUAUCACUCUUGAGGCAUCGAGGGAGAACAGCAAGCCACGCACAGUGCUUAAACCCCGCAAAGUAUGUGCUAGUGGCAAGCGGAAGAAGGAUGAAAUUACGGUUGACAGUCUGGACUUCAACAAGAAGAUCCUGCACACAGCCUGGCAUCCUAAGGAAAAUAUAAUUGCAGUGGCAACCACCAACAACCUGUAUAUAUUCCAGGACCGAGUCAAUUAGCAUUGACAUUCUCUUAUGGGACAGUCCCUAGUCACCUAGAACCAGUAGACACAUUUAGAAUGUGUACCCUAUUCCAGAACCAAGGAAAAUUAUCCACAGAGCGGGAACUCUUGCCAGUCCCUUUUCGUCUGACUUUUUUUUUUUCCCCUCCAAUGUUUAAGGUGCCAUCACAUAUCCUUUUAAUAGCUGCUUGAGAAGAGCCCUAUGUUUCUGCCGUUUUCUUAAUGUAUUAUGGAAGCAGCUGGGUUUACUGUACCUUUAUGGUUGUGUUUUUUUUAUUAUUAUUUUUAACCCUCUCACCAGAUGUGUAGAAUUGAUUUUUCUAUUUUUUAUUAUUUUGAUAUGCCAAUUGCAGUACUGGCCUUCUCACUGUAGGAUUAUGCUUGUAGGGCUGGGGCAUGAUAUUGGCUCCUACAAUGCUGAUGGGUGUAAUCUGGGUAACAUUAUGUUCUUUACAAGCCUUUAUUACUUUGUUCUGUUCUUAUUUGUUCUGUCCCUGGCUUACAAUUUCUCUUUCUUAGGAUACCUAUCUUCUCUACUCUCUUCCACUUCCUGCCCUUUCCCGUCUUGCCCUGCACUGGUAUAAAUCCAAUGGCUAUAAAGCACACAGGGAAAUGGGUUGACCGUGGCAGGGUUGGUGGGAUGGGGUGGACAAGGUUAUUGCUGAAAGUUGUCCUGAACAAAUGUAUUAAUGACGACCUGACUGUAAUCACUUCUUGCCUUGUCUGGCACCGAAUGGGGGGGAAAGACUUUAAGAAAAAAGCCAAAAACUAAUGAUAAAAACUACUGAAUAAAAGGCAAAUGAAAAUAA